AUCCAGGAUUCUCUCUCUCUCUCUCUCUCUCUCUCUCUCAGCCAGAGAAGAAACGUAGAAACAGGGGAAGAAACGAAGAUUAAAAAUUAGGAUCGGAAACCCAACUCACUCCAGCCCCCCCAUGAUCUCUCUCUCUCUCGAGAUCAUCCAUCCCCUGCCGAUCCAAACCCUUGCAUCCCGAUCGGAAAUCACCUCCAGAUUCGACCCCAACUCCCGCCGGCGUCAUCCACCUCACGGACCCCCUCAUCUCCUGCCUCCUCACCUCCAGAUUCAAGAUUUGCUGAUUCCGGCGAAGUUCAAGUUCUUCCGGUCAUUUUCCGGCGACUCAGGUGUACUCCGGCCGUCCAUUGUUCUGGUUGACCAUCAGCUUGGAAAAUACCUUAGUCAGUUUCCUCACUUGAGGCUUUUGAGCAUUGAGCAUUCGAAUGGGGAGUACCAAUGUAGAAAAACUUAGGUUCUGUAUUGACAGAGGGGGUACAUUCACUGAUGUAUAUGCUGAAAUUCCAGGUCAGUCUGAAGGCCGAGUUAUGAAGUUGUUGUCAGUGGAUCCAUCUAACUAUGAUGAUGCUCCAGUUGAAGGUAUCCGGAGAAUUUUGGAAGAAUAUACCAAAGAGAAAAUUCCUCGGACUUCAAAAAUUCCCACGGAUAAGAUAGAAUGGGUAAGGAUGGGUACAACUGUGGCGACAAACGCACUGUUGGAGAGAAAGGGAGAGAGAAUUGCCUUAUGUGUCACUCAAGGCUUUAAGGAUCUGCUGCAAAUUGGUAAUCAGGCCCGCCCAAAUAUCUUCGACCUCACUGUUAGGAAACCUUCUAAUCUUUACGAAUCGGUAGUAGAGGUUGAUGAGAGAGUUGAGCUUGUUAUGGACAAGGAAGAAGCAAACCCAGAUGCUUUUGCUUCGAUAGUUAAAGGGGUUUCCGGCGUGCUUGUUAAGGUUGUGAAGCCGCUGAAUGAAGAAGCUCUAAAACCUCUUCUAAAAGGUCUGUUGGAGAAAGGUAUUAGCUGUUUAGCAGUCGUUUUAAUGCACUCCUACACUUACCCGCACCAUGAAGUAGCUUUGGAGAAGUUAGCUUUGGGUUUGGGCUUUAGACACGUUUCCAUAUCUUCUGCUUUGACACCAAUGGUUCGAGCAGUUCCACGCGGUCUAACAGCUAGCGUGGAUGCUUACCUCACUCCAGUUAUUAAAGAAUAUUUAUCCGGUUUCGUUUCCAAAUUUGAUGAAGGGACGGGGAAGUUGAAUGUUUUGUUUAUGCAAUCAGACGGAGGACUUGCACCAGAAAGUAGAUUUUCUGGUCACAAAGCAGUUUUGUCAGGUCCCGCCGGCGGUGUUGUUGGUUACUCCCAGACCCUCUUUGGGCUUGAAACAGAAAAGCCCCUCAUUGGCUUUGACAUGGGUGGUACAUCUACUGAUGUAAGUAGAUAUGCAGGAAGCUAUGAACAAGUAUUAGAAACCCAGAUUGCUGGAGCUAUAAUUCAAGCACCUCAGCUUGACAUAAACACCGUUGCUGCUGGUGGUGGGUCAAAGUUAAAGUUCCAAUUCGGAGCUUUCCGCGUCGGACCGGAAUCUGUGGGUGCACACCCAGGUCCUGUAUGUUAUCGGAAGGGUGGGGAACUAGCAGUUACCGACGCAAAUCUUAUUUUGGGAUUUGUAAUUCCUGAAUAUUUCCCAUCAAUUUUUGGCCCCAAAGAAGAUGAGCCUUUAGAUAUCAAGGCAACAAGAGAAGAAUUUCAGAAUCUUGCUAAGCAAAUUAAUACCUACAGAAAGAGUCAGGAUACAUUAGCAAAAGACAUGACGGUGGAGGAAAUUGCACAAGGCUUUGUCAAUGUUGCUAAUGAGACAAUGUGUCGUCCAAUUCGGCAGUUAACUGAGAUGAAGGGACACGAAACGAAGAACCAUGCGCUUGCUUGCUUUGGAGGUGCUGGACCCCAGCAUGCCUGUGCUAUUGCCAGGUCGCUGGGAAUGAAAGAGGUACUAAUUCACAGGUUUUGUGGAAUCUUAAGUGCGUAUGGUAUGGGAUUGGCAGAUGUAAUCGAGGAGGCACAGGAACCAUAUUCUACAGUUUAUGACUUUGAAUCAUUAUUAGAGGCUGCUCAGAGAGAAGCUGUUUUGUUAAAACAGGUGAAGCAGAAAUUGCAAGAGCAAGGCUUCAGGGAGGAAAAUGUUACCAUUGAAACGUUUUUAAACUUGAGGUAUGAGGGUACUGAUACUGCCAUUAUGGUAAGGGGACAUAAGAAAGAAGAUGGCUCCAGAGGUGAUUAUGCUGCCGAAUUUGUUAAACUGUUCCAACAAGAGUAUGGAUUUAAGCUAGAGAACAGAAAUAUCAUUAUGUGUGACGUAAGGGUUCGCGGCAUUGGAGUCACGAAUAUUUUGAAGCCUCGGGGACUAGAACCUGCCUCAGGUGACCCAAAAGCUGAAGGAUGCUUUAAGGUUUACUUUGAGAGUGAAUGGCAUGAUACUCCUUUAUUCAAGCUUGAGGAUCUAGGUUAUGGGCAUGCUAUUCCUGGUCCAGCAAUCAUCAUGAACGGUAAUAGUACUGUGAUAGUAGAACCAAACUGUAAAGCCAUUAUUACUAAGUACGGGAACAUCAGAAUUGAAAUUGAUUCGACAUCAACCACCGUGAAACUGGCAGAAAAGGUCGCGGAUGUAGUGCAGCUCUCAAUUUUCAACCACAGGUUUAUGGGUAUAGCGGAACAGAUGGGGCGUACCCUACAAAGGACUUCAAUAUCGACUAAUAUCAAGGAACGAUUGGAUUUUUCUUGUGCUCUCUUUGGUCCUGACGGAGGGCUGGUCGCCAAUGCCCCACAUGUUCCUGUUCACUUGGGUGCCAUGUCAAGUACUAUCCGGUGGCAAAUUGAAUACUGGGGCGAAAAUUUGCAUGAUGGAGAUGUUUUGGUUACUAAUCACCCUUGCGCUGGAGGUAGCCAUUUGCCUGAUAUAACUGUCGUUACUCCUGUUUUUGAUAGUGGGAACUUGGUGUUUUUCGUGGCGAGCAGAGGACAUCAUGCGGAAAUAGGAGGCAUCACUCCCGGAAGUAUGCCUCCUUUUUCUAAGUUCAUUUGGGAAGAAGGAGCUGCCAUUAAAGCGUUCAAACUUGUGGAAAAGGGUGUUUUUCAAGAAGAAGGGAUAGUCAAACUUCUCAAGUUCCCUUGUUCAGAUGAAUUGGGUUACAACAUUCCUGGGACCCGUAGGCUUCAAGAUAACUUAUCGGAUCUUCAUGCACAGGUGGCUGCGAACCAGAGAGGGAUUUCUCUUAUUAAGGAGCUUAUUGAGCAAUAUGGUUUGGACACUGUCCAAGCUUACAUGGUCUAUGUGCAGGUUAAUGCAGAAGAAGCAGUAAGAGAAAUGCUCAAGUCAGCUGCUGCCAGAUUUUCCUCUGAGUUGGCGAAUUACGGAGCAGGGAGACAUUGUCUAGAUAUUGAGGAGGAAGACUAUAUGGACGACGGUUCUGUGAUACAUUUGAAACUAUCCAUUGAUUCUGAGAAGGGGGAAGCAGUAUUUGAUUUUUCUGGGAGUAGCCCAGAGGUUUAUGGGAAUUGGAAUGCACCAGAAGCAGUAACAGCCGCAGCAGUCAUUUAUUGCCUCCGUUGUUUGGUGAACGUCGAUAUUCCUCUUAAUCAGGGUUGUUUGGCUCCUGUUAAAAUUCACAUCCCAAGGGGUUCGUUCCUCUCUCCAAGCGAUAAGGCUGCCGUUGUGGGAGGUAAUGUUCUCACUUCCCAGAGGAUAACUGAUGUUGUACUCACUGCAUUUCAGGCUUGUGCUUGUUCUCAGGGUUGUAUGAAUAAUCUCACUUUUGGAGACACCACCUUCGGUUACUACGAAACAAUUGGAGGUGGAAGUGGAGCAGGCCCCACGUGGGACGGUACCAGUGGGGUUCAAUGCCAUAUGACCAAUACCCGUAUGACCGACCCUGAGAUCUUUGAGCAGAGGUAUCCGGUUAUUUUGCAUAAGUUCGGAUUGAGAGAAGGGAGUGGAGGUGGUGGAUUACAUAGAGGAGGUGAGGGGCUAGUGAGGGAGAUAGAGUUCAGGCGGCCAGUUGUGGUGAGCAUUCUUUCGGAGAGGCGUGUCCAUGCACCAAGAGGGUUGAAGGGGGGAAAGGAUGGAGCUAGGGGUGUUAAUUACCUUAUUACGAAGGACAAGCGGAGAGUGUACGUUGGAGGUAAGAACACAAUCGAGGUGCAGAAAGGGGAAAUUCUUCAGAUUUUGACUCCUGGUGGUGGUGGAUGGGGGGCAUUAUGAUUCUCCAAAGUGACAUAGUUUUCGCGAGAAAGCAUUGUGUUCUUGUUCUGGGUCGUUUACCGGAGUAUAUGGAGUCAAUUCAUGUAUUGAACAACUUAACAUUUCAUUUCAAUGAUGAAUAAUGUUUUUCA